UGAUUUUCGGCAAAUAAAAGUGGGACGUUACAAUUAUAGUAAAAUUGCUUGGGAAAAUAUUAUCUUAAUCCUGUGAAUAAUAAUUUAAUAAGUAUCUGUUCUUUGUACUUGUAAAGGAAGCCGGAGAAAACAAUGUCAAGUCAAGGAGCAACAGUUGCACAAAUACCGACAAGCUUCGGACACGAGCUCAGAGCCUGCCUUCGGUGCCGUCUUGUGAAGACCUAUGACCAGUUUAGGGAAUCGGGUUGUGAGAACUGUCCUUUCUUUCAGAUGGAAGAGGAUCACGAAAGAGUCGUGGACUGCACGACUCCAAAUUUUACUGGGUUAAUUUCGGUCAUGGACCCAACUAGAAGCUGGGCUGCCCGGUGGCUCCGUAUUGGAAAGUUUGUUCCUGGUUGCUAUACUCUUGGGGUCUCCGAAGCACUCCCUCAAGACUUGCAGGCAAAUUCUCUUUUAUGCUUAUCGGUGGUUUCUAUUCUCGGAUAUGUUUUUCCCAGAUUAGCAACAGAAUUCAAAUCUCGAUCAAAAAUAUGUGCGAAGAAGAACGUGUACCUUAUGUUCCACCAAAGCGUAUUUGAGUAGCUAAGUUUUAUGAGCCCCACAGCCCUGGUGAUGCUUAAGCCAACUAGAGCAAUUUAGAAGAUUGUUUAAGCAUGUUGCAAAGGUUGUAAUAACAUGAAUUAAAUUAUGUAGAAUAUGGUGUCAAGUGAACUAUGUUUUGGAUUUAUACCAUCAUGUUUAGAUUUUAUUGAAUAUGUAUGAGAGGGUUUCAUGUUUUAUACCAUUUUAUUAAAGGACAACCAGAUUCAAGUUUUCGUUAUUGUCCAACUGAAUCACAAAAGUAAUACUUUUGAAGUGGAUCUAAACCCAAGGUUUCUAACCUUCAUUUCUUGUUUUUAUGGCUAAAGGAAUCAAAGUAAAUCACAAACGGAGUAAGAUUGUAC